AUGGCAACAGCAAAUCGACAAACAAUCAAGACACAGUUACAUGAAAUUAUUAAUGACUAUGAUCAAUUUCAACAAACAAUUAUUCAACAAAAACAAAAUCCACACAAUUCUUUUUUAAUUCAACAGGUUAAUCAAUGGGAAACAGAUUCAAUUGAGAAAAUUCAACAAACAGCACAACAAUGUCGAGAAACACUGAUGAAAUUAACACAAAAAACGAUCAAUGAUGUGGAAACAAAAUCUGUUGAAUUAUCUGAGAAAUUAAAAGAAAUACGUGAAGAAAAUGAAAUUGAUUUAAAACAUUUUCAAUUAAAGUUAACACAGAUAACAGAAGAACUUCUUCAACCAUCAAAUAUUUCUAUUCGACAAGAUUCACAAGAAUUUAUCAAGAAAAUUUCAGUUAUUUCAUCAUUCGAACAAAUUCAAACAAAAAAGAAUAAAUUCGAACAAUUUGGAACUACUGUUGCUGGAGGAAAUGGACAAGGAGAUAAAUUAAAUCAACUCAAUUGUCCCCAAGGGAUUUUUAUUGAUAACGAUGGAUCUAUUUAUAUUGUUGAGUGCGGGAAUCAGCGUAUUGUUAAAUGGAAAUUGAAUUCAAAGGAAGGUCAAAUCAUUGCAGGUGAAAAUGGACAAGGAAAUCAAAAUAAUCAAUUGAAUUGGCCAAUGGAUAUAAUUUUUGAUAAAGAAAAUAAUUCUUUUAUUAUUUCUGAUAUGGGAAACAAACGAGUAAUUCGAUACUUUGAUCAAAAUCAACAAACUAUUAUUUCAAAUAUUAAAUGCUCUGGUCUGACAAUCGAUAAAAAUGGAUUUAUUUAUGCUUGUGAUUUUGAGAAUCAUGAAGUAAGACGAUGGAAAGAAGGAGAGGAAAAAGGUGAAUUAGUUGCAGGUGGAAAUGGCCAAGGAAAUCAUCUUAAUCAACUCAAUUGUCCUACUGAUAUCUUUAUUGAUGAAGAUUGUUCUCUAUGUAUAUCAGAACGUGACAAUCAUCGUGUGACGAAAUGGAAAAAAGGUGCAAAAGAAGGAAUUAUUGUUGCUGGUGGAAAUGGUCAAGGAGAUAGUCUCAAACAAUUAGAUCAUCCUCAAGGAUUAUUUGUUGAUCAUUUGGGUCAAAUCUAUGUGGCAGAUCAAUGGAAUCAUCGAGUAAUGCGUUGGUGUGAAGGGGAUGAAGAAGGUGAAGUUGUUGUUGGUGGAAAUGAUGAAGGAGAGCAAUCAAAUCAGUUGGAUAGUCCCACAGGUUUAUCAUUUGAUAAUGAAGAAAAUCUUUAUGUUGUUGAUUUUAACAAUCAUCGAAUCCAAAAAUAUGAAAAACUUUGA